CGACCAAAAAAAUUUGGAAAAAUUCCCUCCAAAUCCCCGCAUCGGCGCAUCGCCCCGCCCCCAAUUUCGAACCCUAAACCCCACCGCCUCCAUGGACGUCGCCGGCGUCGUGCCCGCCGCCCUCCCGUCGCCGGCGACGGAGGACGAGACGAUCGCGAGGAGGCGCUCCCGCCGCGUCAGCUUCGCGGAGAUCACCGCGGUGCACGUGUUCGACCGCGACGAGGACUUCGAGACCCCCCCGGAGGAGCGCGCCAUCGCCGUCGGCUACCCGUCCCCGUCCCCGACCCCCUCCCUCUCCCCCGGGAAGCCCGCGGCGGAGGAAGGCGAGGAGACGGAGGGGGAGGAGGAGGAGUUCCUGCGCCCGCCGUUCCGCUUCCUCAACAACGGCGAUGUCGACUCGUCCUCCCCUGGCAGCGCCGCCGGAUCCCUCGUCUCCAACGAUGAUGAGGAUUUUUUUGGUCCUGUGUCGAGAAGCUUUAUACAAUCUGGAAGACCAUCAGAUUCUGGAAUGUCUGAGGAUGGAAACCACGAUAUAACUUUAGAUUCAGAGACAUUCUCAAUGCAUUACCGUAACAUUGCUCCUCCAGAUGACUUUUCAGUCAAUUCAGUUGGAAGUCUAAGGACACCAAAUUCAGCAUCUACAGGGCCAUUAAAGGAACAGACUGGGUCUGGAUAUGGUGUAAAAUCGUGUAAUAGCCAUGAUGCAUUGACUGACAUGAGUCUGCUCGCAGAUAACCCUGAGCGUUAUGAUUAUGCAAAGCUUUCUCCAACUCUGAGCAACCUAUUGCAGCAAGUCGAAGAUGUCCAUGAACUAAUAUCUCCUAAAAAUGGCACUGGUACUGUAACUCCUGAUCACAGUUCAGCUUUGGCUGCCUGCAAGAAAAAAAAUAGGGAAGAAAAAUCAUCCAUUGUCAAUGGUAUCUCUUCUAGUGAGCUGGACACUAUUGGUUCUCGUAAGGAACAUGUUCCCAUUAGGAAUUCAGUACCUACUAGCACUGAUCCAAUUCAAGAGGAUAAUGCAAUGACAGUUGAUGUUAAUGAGAAAUCUCAGGUCACAUCAGAAGACAUUCUGAAUACUCCUAAAGCUGUAGUUCAGACCUUCCAAAUUCCACAAGGGUCUAUAUCCUCCCUACGCUCCAAAAGGCGACAACUUUUCAGUCCUAUUACUCAUUCCGCUAGUAAUGUGGUAAGCCAGGAUGCUUCCUCUUUGGGGAGUGAGUUUGUUAAACAUAGCAAGAGGAUUGUAGCACUGGCAGAUCGCCUGAAAUUCGGUCUUUAUGAAUCACCUGCAACUAAGAUUCAGGAGAUGCCAUGCAAUGCCCUUAUGACAGAUGACCAACCUAGCCAUGAAUGCAAUUCUAUUCAGGAUUCGGAUUUAGACAGGGGUGGAAGAAAGAGGAGUAGUAGUGAAAAUGGUCAUGCUGCACAAAAGCGCCCUCAGAAAAUAUCAAAGCCACCAAGAAGUCCAGCAACAUCACUAAAACAGCUUCCUUGUGUAUCCUUGUCUUCUAGUAUGAUGGAAGAAAACCAGAGUGUUACUCAUGGCAACCAACAGUCAAUAAAUGUUGAUUGGAACAAGGUUGCAUCCAUGGUAUCUAAUGCCACAAGUCAAGUUUUCUCAACAUCUAUAAGUAAGGUUAAACCACAACAGCUUGACAUGAUUGAAGAUAUGCUGGGGGGAAUUCAGAGGGCUAGAAACUUUAAGAGGCUUUCUACUGCUGUGAGGAUUCAAGAUUGUGGCAACGAUAAGCAGAAGAGAUUAGCUGAGGCAAGAUCUCUUGUUGACAAGCUUUUGUAUGAAAAGGCAAAGCUGCAAAUAAAUCAUGUGAAGCUGGAGAAACUGCAGAAUAGAGCACAGGUAUGCAAAGAUGGAAUCCAAGAGUGCCGCUAUUUGAAAUCCAAGAUUUCAGACCAGAAGGGUGUUCCUCUUGAUUCAACAACUUUGAUCACUGCCAGUGACAGACAGGAAGGACUUGCUUUGAUAACUGAAAAGAUGCAUGCACUGGAGAUGAUUAAAAAGAAGGUGGAGAGAGCAAGGAGUUCUCUUGAAUCUUUUUGCAACACUAAAGGUGAUAUUAGCUGCGAUGAUUUUAUCAAGGCAGCUGAACAGCAAUUGGAGAUGAGGAAUCAAUGUCGGAUCAUCAACCAGCAAGCACGGCUAUGGAAGUUGAAUGACCUUGUUAAAAGGGAGAAUAAGCGUGAUAUUGUUCUGAACUAUUGCAGUUUGUUGUUCCAAAGGAUCGUGUUAAACAUUAGUGAUAUGUCUGGCAUAUUUGUGAGUAAUUCAUUGAAUGGAACCAAAAUAGGCCAGGCAUUUCCAAAUUUGAAUGCAUCUGUGGCAUUCAAUUUUGUAUUCAAAGCUGAGGGAACCCAAAGAGUCAGUGACUUAAGAUCAUUGCAGAAGAUGACAACGGAAACAAGUUUGCUCCUGGGUAAUCUUAUUGAUGUGCUAAAAGAAAUCAAGAUGGCUAAACUGGAGUUAUUGAACCUGACGGCUGCAGCUUUUGAUAUGGCGUCCCAGACAUGUCAACUUGCCCUCUCUCUGUGCUUCAUGAGUUUCAAGAGUGGGAAGAGAAUUUCUUUCACCAUUGACAUGACAGACUUGAAUCGCGCCGUCUAUCCAUCUGAGCUGCUGAUAAAUGUGCGCGAAGCUCAGACGACGGUAGCACAACCAAGCCUGGACGAGUUUAUGUCUUCUUUAAGGGACCUUCAGUCAGGACGCUUGAUGAUCCUAAGGCUUUGCCGAAUGGGCUCUCAGCUAAUCCAUGAAUUGCCAAGCUGAGCCUGUUUUCCUUCUACAAAGUAGAGCAAAUGAUGAAUAGUGUGGGCAAUAUUACCGCCAUGUAAUAUCGUAAUGCUUGUUUCCGUAUGUAUGCAAUGCUUAGUAGCCUUAAAUCGGCAGUUUUUUCCUAGGGGACUUUCAAUCAAUCCAUUGAAAGACGUUGUAUAUACCUCUAGGAAUCAUUUUAAUUUGUUGCCAUUUGCAAGUGAGUUGUGUCUUCUUA